CUUCCAUCCUUUAUCCUGCAGUUUUUAAGAAUUUUAACGCCCCACAAAUCCCCUAUAAUUAAGAAAGGAACAUAUGCCGUGUAGAUUCAUUUGUCUUUACUUUUGAAUUUUUGGUCUGAUUAAUCUUACAACUCCUGAUUUUUUCAAUUUGCACCUUGGAAAAAUGUACUAGUUUUUGCAUGUGAAUCACAUUGCGAGAUGCACAGUCCCUUGACAGCCCCUAUAAAUUGUGGCUCCCUACAUUCGUUGUUUAAAAAUGUCAUUACCCGUGAAAGUUGCGACUUUUUUCAAAGUGACCCGAAAAAUCCCGGAGCUUCUCCGGCCAGCAAAGCCCACACCCCACAAAUUCAAAUCUCUUUCCGACAUAGACGAUCAAGAGGGCCUGCGUGUCCAGAUUCCUGUCAUGCAGUUGUACAGUAAAAGCCCGUCCAUGGAAGGUAAAGACCCUGUUGAGGUUAUUCGAGCAGCUGUCUCAAGGGCGUUGGUUUACUAUUACCCAUUGGCAGGGCGGCUGAGAGAGUUCAGCGGCAGGAAACUGGUGGUGGAGUGCACUGGUGAAGGAGCUUUGUUCAUCGAGGCUGAUGCUGACGUGUCGCUUGAGGAGUUUGGAGUCAGCCCUCAGCCGCCGUUCAAUUGCUUUGAAGAGCUGCUUUACGAUGCCCCAGGCUCUGGCGGAGUCAUCGGUUGUCCGUUGAUACUAAUUCAGGUGACUCGCCUCAAAUGUGGAGGCUUCAUCUUCGCCCUCCGCUUCAACCACACCAUGUUCGACGGCACGGGUCUCUUCCAGUUUACGUCUGCCAUCGGCGAGCUAGCCCUCGGGGCCCAGCGCCCCUCCAUCCUCCCAGUCUGGGACCGACACCUCCUCAGCGCACGGGACCCACCUCGAGUCACCCACGUCCACCGCGAGUACGACCCCUUGCCCGACGCUAGAGAUCCCAUCCCACUCAAAAACCUCGUCCAACGCUCAUUCUUCUUCGGUCCAGCCGAGAUCUCAGCCCUCCGCUCCCUUCUCCAGCCCGACCUCAGCAUCCGCUGCACCACAUUCGAACUCGUCACCGCCUGUCUUUGGCGGUGCCGAACGGCGGCCUUGGCCACCGCCCCCCACCAGGUGUUCCGGCUCGACUGCAUCGUGAACUGCCGGAAGAGGUUCGACCCGCCGCUUCCCCAUGGCUACUACGGUAAUGCCUUUGUCUUUCCCGCGGCAGUCUCUACUGCCGGAGAUUUAUCAGACAAUUACCCACUGGAUUAUGCGGUGGAGCUCGUGAAGAGGGCUAAAUCAGAGGCGACUGAGGAGUACGUGAUGUCGGUGAUGGAUCGAAUGGUCAAGAGUGGGCGGCCUCUUUUCUCGAUGGCGAGGACUCUUAUAGUUUCUGAUUUGACUCGCUUGGGCAUUGAGAAAGUGGAUUACGGGUGGGGCCGUCCCAUAUAUGGCGGUAUUCCGGUACCGGGAAUCACGGGGUUUCCGGGAGUGUGUUUUUAUACCCCGUGGAAGAAUAGCGAGGGGGAAAAGGGGAUAUUGGUCCCCAUUUCUUUACCCGAGAAUGCCAUGGAAGUAUUUGCCAUGGAGCUUAAGGUGAUGGUGAAAGGGAAUGGUAAAUGAUUGGGAGGGGACUGGUCAGGACAACAAGUUUCAUCAAGUUCGGCAUGUGAAAUUUGCACAUUAUGUCACUUGGAAUUGUGCUCACAGUAUCAUACUUUGUAGACAGUGGGGCUAUAUUAGAAAAACCAAAAACAUUAAGGAUUAGAACAAGAAAAAAGAAAAUGUAUGUACAACCUAUAUUUUUCAUUACAAUGUAAAAAAGUAUUUUUCUUGGUAAAUGCAACUUUCUUUCUUUCA